AUGCUGCGGGACGGGGCGCGGGGAGCUGCCGGGGGUGGGCGGCGCUGGCUUUCCGCUUGCCCCUUCUGGGGCAAGAAAACAAAAAAAAAAAAAAAGGGAAAAAAGAAAGAAAAAUUAAAAAAUAAAAUUCAAAAAGGAAAGCGCAGCCCCUGCUUGCAGGCGUCCCACUCUGAGGUUAAUUCUCGGGGUGCGAGACCUUCCCGAUUUUCUUUUGGCGUUAGAAGGGGGGGGCGUCUAGGUUUGCUUUUUUGUCUUUUUUUUUUUCUUUUUCUCCUUCUUUCAGCUUUUUCUCUCCUCGAAAGGGGGAAUUCGCACCGCGAUCCGCGGGAGCGCAAAAAGAGAGGGGGAGGGAAAGAAGGGGGAAAGGGAGCGAAGCCUGCAGGGGUUGCACAGCCUACAGGUUGCAGGGGGAGGAGUGGGGGAGCAGGGGGGUUUGGGGAGGUGGGACCGCGAUUUCACACACGCGCACACACACACACACACUCUUCCCAAAGGACUGGAAGAAGGCAGGUUGAGAAGGGAGCAAAGUUCCUUGAAAACCAGUGUCCUGCUAUUAUUGCAUCAAAGCAGUCAAGAGGGGAAAAAAGAAAAACCAACAACGCAGGAGAAGGAAGAGGGGAUGCAAAGCUCCCCUUCCCUCUCUCUUCUUCUGCAGGAGGAGAAAAAGUCUCUCCCGACGCAGCGAGCUGCUGGGAAGCUUGGUAUGAAGCAAAGUUGUGUUUCGAUCGGCUCUGUUCAACUCUCCCGCUUUCCUCUUCCAGGAUUUGCAAAGGAAAAAGAAAAAAAAAAAAGACCAAAAGAGUAAAAAAAAAAAGUUUUCUGCAAAGUUGGAGUGUUUUGUUGCAAAGUCUGCAGAGGAGCGGUAAAAAAUCAGGGGGAAGGGGAAAAAAAAGAAAAGAGAGGAAAAAAAUCCACUUUGUAGAUCUCCCAACACUUUUCCCCUGGAGAAGUUUCUAAAGAGACUGAAUACUGCAGAACAGGCUGUCUUUUAAAUAGACUGCCUCUGGCUGCCUGCCAGCCCCUCGCUGCAAUUUGAGAUCCCAAUGACACCUCAGCUUGACUAGGUGCCAGCAGCGAGGGCCCUAUCAGUGCGCUCUCGGGCCGUGGGGGUGGGGUGCGCAGCUCCUGACUUCUGGGCUUCAAACCCCGGGCAGUGAUCAAGGAUAAUAUUAUGAGG